AUGAAUCUCUUCAGAAGUGACGAAACGCCAUUUAUCGUCGAUGUAGCGCAAUACGCUGGCAACCAUCGAGGGCGAGUCGACAACUUGGAGUGCUGGGAGAUCAGGGAUCCCAGGCAAGAACCUUUCAACAGCAUCCUCCAGGCUGUUUGCGAGGAGGUUUCCCGGUGCCGCUCAAUUCCGCGGUCGUCGCAUGUCCUCAUCGACAUUUUCCUCCGAGGCAAGACUCUCGAUUCCAGCACCGCCUACGUAAUGCUCGCGGGCACCACCCAGCGACACAGAAAGAGCGCAGUAAGGCAUCUCAGACGAGGUCCCCUGCUGCGAGGUUACCCUGGCCUGAAGGUGGAUCAGUGGGACUGGCCGCCGCAAGCACUGAAUAUCAUCAUGACUGGGAAGAAGGGAGAAGCGCCCGACAAGAACUUGCUCUACAGAUGCUCCAAGUUUGACAUACGGCGGCUCGCAUCGGGGAAUGCGAAAGUCACCAACCAGGUUCCGAACAGUUCCCUCCUUUCAAUCAUCGCGACGAACGAUGGCGAAGAGACAUCUCGAGCUGGAAUGCUGAGCUGCGUUGUGAGGGUCGGACAGGACGACUUCUUCUUCGCACCGGCUCAUAUAUUCAUGCCCCGCCCGCCGGAGGAGCCCGAAGAGGACAUUGACAUGGAAGACUCGGAGUCGGACUGUGAAUCCGAGAUGCUGAGGGCCGGAAGUGCCACGCCAUCAGACUUUUCCUCCGACUCCGAAGCUACAACGGACGAUAUUGUCCAGGACGGCCUCUCCGGUAGCUGGAGUCGCGCCGAGCGGCCAAACUCGACUCAGCCAUCUCAUGCCACCGAAGGCUUUGAAAUCUUCUCGCCAGAGCACGACUACGCUCUUAUUCCGGUCCCAGAUGGCGAGACCUUCCAUCAAGAGCUCCGCUGCAUCUCAAAAGAGACAGUCGAGCGCAUCGACGCAGGCCAGUUCGCAGUCUCCGUCAUGACGCCAUCGCGCGGCUUGAUGAACGGCUUGCUUGACGGACGACCCACCCUCAUGCGACUCCCAUAUAGCAGCAGGUUCACCCGGUUCUACUCCAUCAGCCUCCCUGAUGCUGUCAGCGAGGGGGACUGUGGCUCGCUCGUGAUCGAUCAGAACACUAAACAGAUCUACGGCUUCAUCGUGGCCGCGAGCAUCGAACGGAGAGUGGCGUACAUCGUCUCGGCAGAUGAGAUUCUCCAGAACAUCACGGCUGAGCUGGGCAAAGAAUGCGGCCGAGGACAGCCAUUAGAGAGCAUGGCCUUUGCCAACCGUCAGCUCCCACCAUCGUCUAAAUAUGGAGAGCCGAGCGUACGAUCAUCUGCAAUCAGCCAUCCUGUCGUCACGAGAGUUUGUGACCCCUCGCCCAACAUGCCUGGCCAGUCUGCCGGCCUCCCCUCCGAGCUUCCGUCGGAGCCAGUGCCGAAUCUAUCUCCAAGCCGUGAACGUGUUUCGAAGCCGCCGCUACCGUCGUCGCCCUACCAACUCUUAGAGAAUCCCCUCUACCUCCCUACCUACCUCACCACGACCGUGACCGCGACAGCUCUGGCGACUACGACGCUGAUAUGA